AUGGUUCUCCAGGAUCUUGGGCGGCGCAUCACCAGCGCCCUGUCGGAUGUGACGCGGUCGCAAAACUUGGACGAGAAGGCUUUCGACGCCAUGCUCAAGGAAAUCUCGAAUGCCCUCGUCGAAGCUGAUGUCAAUGUCAAACUUGUUAUGAACCUGCGGAAUUCGAUAAAACGAGCCGUCGACUUCAAGCACCUCGCCCCGAAUGUGAACAAGAAGAAAGUGAUCCAGAAGGCCGUCUUCGAUGAAUUGGUGAAGCUCGUUGACCCGCACGCCGAGCCAUUCAAACCGCGGAAGAACAAGUCUAAUGUCAUCAUGUUUGUGGGUCUACAAGGUUCUGGUAAAACGACAUCAUGUACAAAGCUCGCUCGCUGGUAUGCUGCUCGCGGAUUCAAGGCUUGCUUGGUUUGCGCGGAUACGUUCCGUGCUGGAGCAUUCGACCAGCUCAAGCAGAAUGCGACAAAGGCGAAGAUCCCCUACUAUGGUAGUCACAUACAAACCGACCCGGUCAUCGUGGCGAGUGAAGGUGUAGAGAAGUUCAAAAAGGAGAGGUUUGAAAUCAUCAUAGUGGAUACCUCCGGAAGACACAGGCAAGAGAAGGAUCUCUUCGACGAGAUGGUGCAAAUUCAAAAUGCCGUCAAACCAGAUCAAACGAUCAUGGUUCUAGACGCAACGAUUGGCCAGGCAGCAGAAGCGCAAUCGCGCGCCUUCAAAGAAGCCGCAGAUUUCGGAGCAAUCAUAAUUACUAAGACGGACGGCGCUGCUGCAGGCGGCGGUGCCAUUUCCGCCGUUGCCGCAACCCACACUCCCAUCGUCUUCAUCGGAACCGGCGAGCACAUGCUCGAUCUCGAGCGCUUCAGCCCACAACCCUUCGUCUCUAAACUCCUUGGCAUGGGAGACUUCCAAGGCCUGGUUGAGCAUGUCCAGUCGCUCAAGGUCGACCACAAGGAAACAAUGAAGCACAUCGCCCAAGGCGUUUUCACCAUCAAAGAUCUCCGGGAUCAGCUCUCCAACAUCAUGAAGAUGGGCCCCUUAUCGAAAAUGGCCGGUAUGAUCCCAGGACUCAGCAACAUGAUGAGCGGCAUGGACGACGAAGAGGGCAGCCAGAAACUGAAACGUAUGAUCUACAUCUGCGACAGCAUGACCGAGAAGGAACUCGAGUCCGAUGGCAAGAUGUUCGUUGACCAACCUACGCGCAUGACACGUGUGGCUCGUGGCUCGGGCACAUCGGUUCGCGAAGUGGAGGAGCUGCUCACGCAACACAGGAUGAUGGCUGGUAUGGCGAAGAAGAUGAAGGGUGGCAUGGCGAACAUGCAGAAGGCACAGGGGGCGAUGGGCGGAGGAAAUAAACAGCAGCAGCUUGCGGCGAUGCAGAAACGGAUGCAGAGUAUGGGCGGCGCAAAUGCGCUUGGAGGAGGCAUGCCGGAUCUUGGUGCGAUGAUGAAGAUGCUGGGUGGUGGCAGGGGUGGCGGUGGGAUGCCAGACCUCUCUGCUCUUGGAGGUAUGGGCGGAAUGGAUAUGGCGAGUAUGAUGAAGAUGAUGGGCGGA